AUGGACGCUGAGGAAGCCCUACAGCUAAUUUUUGAUGACAGCGACAGCGACGAAGAGGAAUUACAACGCGAGAUUUUUCAAGGCAGGCACGACGACGACGACGAGCGGGAGAGAAGCCCUAGCAGCAGUGAAUUCAGUGAACGUUGUGGACCUUUGGUACAUGACGAGGAUUCAUCUAUAUUCGACAUCUUCCACCAUUUUAUUGACGAUCAGUUGUUGCAGCUCAUAGUGGAUGAGACCAACCGGUACGCGGAGAGGAUUAUUGCUCAAAAUGCAGGUAGGUUAGGUGUAAUGAAAGACUGGCGGAACACUGACAUAAACGAGGUACGUGCUUUUAUUUCUAUUCUUCUAGAUUUAGGUCUUGAUAGGCGAGGUAGUUAUGAGUUGCACUGGUCUAAGCAAUGGCUUUUGAAUAAGCCUGGAUUUCGCUCGAUUAUGUCGAGGAAUCGUUUCAACUUACUUCUUCGAUGUGUGCAUCUUGUUGACAACGACGCUGCUCCUGCCCGAGAUAAUCCAAACUAUGACAAAGGAUUCAAGGUAAGAUUUUUUAUGGAACAUUUGAUGACUAAUUUUCAAAGUGCUUUUUACCCAUCUAGGAAUGUUUCAGUGGAUGAAAGUGUUAUUGCUUUCAAAGGUAGGGUAAGUUUCAAGACCUACCAUCCGAUGAAGCCGCAUAAACGAGGGAUGACAGUGUGGACCUUGGCCGAUUCCAGAACUGGUUAUGUGUACAACCAGAAUUUGUAUAUCGGUCGAGGUGAAGAUGGGCCUGGUGCUACACAAAGGACAGUAAUGAAGGUGUGUGAACCAAUCACAGGUAAGAAACAUCAUGUGUACAUGGAUAACUAUUUUUCUUCCCCAGCUCUUUUUUCAUCCCUUGAAGGUGUAAGUUUAGGUGCAUGCGGAACCUUGAGAACCAACCGUGUAGGAGUACCAGACGUCAUAAAACAG